AUGAAUAUUCACUAUUGUUAUAAGAUCCAUGUGCCUGUGUAUCACCCCACUCCCAGCCAGGCCCGGCUGGCAACCCAACUGACCGAAGAGGAGCAGGUGCGGAUCGCUCAAAGGAUCGGCCUCAUCCAGCAUCUUCCCAAAGGUGUCUAUGAUCCAGGCAGUGACGGCACUGAGAAGAAGAUUCGAGAGUGUGUGAUCUGCAUGAUGGACUUUGUGUACGGAGACCUCAUCCGGUUCCUCCCCUGCAUGCACAUCUACCACCUGGCCUGCAUAGAUGACUGGCUGAUGAGGUCCUUUACGUGUCCCUCCUGUAUGGAGCCUGUAGAUGCUGCCUUGCUCUCAUCCUACGAAACUAACUGACUACUGCCUGCACUGAUCCCCGCCGUACACACACACGCACACAACCCUUGAGUCCUGUCCUCACACGGCCCUUUGCAUAAAGAGACAAACUGUCUGCUCGCCUUGGGUGUGGGAUGGUGUGCCUGUGGCAUCAUGGGAUAAAGGAGGCCACACUGAUAAUUAAACCUCUCCUGCAUGGUCCUGCUGGACAGGGAAAUCUGCAGGAGAUCUUUUGCACCCCGAUGACUCUAUCAUGUGAUUCCUUUGUCUCUCAUUGACGACACCCAGACAAGCCGGUCACGCACCAUUCCACUGUAGCAACACUUACACUGGAAGGAGAAGAACCUUCGAGAAACAUACCGGAGGACUUUUAAAAAUGCAUCUUUAACAUUCAAUCUCUAUUUCUUUCUUUCUCUCUCAGUGUCUGUUUCCAUAAAGGGCUCAUUUGAUUUCUGCCAAAGCUGCAGUGGAGCAAAACUAAUGGCACUGCACAUACACAUGCAAAGAAAGAAAAAAAAAAAAGUCUCA